AUGGUUUUAUGGUCAUAUCCUCCGACUCGGAAGCAGUUAACGGUAACAGUGUUAGGUUUGAUCACCGGCGCUUCUCUUAUCGCCGUUGGGGCUCAUCUUUCUUUCACCAAAAUUGCCCCUCAACAAGCUCGUGCUCAGGCCCGGAAGAACUACAUCAAAGCCCGCCUUAGGCAACUCCUGGACGAUUAA